CCUGCCUUUGGGCUUCCGAUCUGCUCUUCUGCUGUCGCAUCUCACCAUCUGGUCUCCCCUGUUAUGCACGUCAAAGCCUGCUGCCUUACCCCUGUUCCCCUCUGCCCUGUCCCUGUCCCUGUCCCGUCCUGUCCCUCUGGUUCCGCCUCGAUGGGCCACACACAACUCACAGAACCACGCUCUUUCCAUCGACUUCCCUCGGGUGACACCCCGUUCUAUUGGUCUGACCAUGUCGCCCUGACCGAAAUUUCCCCUAACCCCAUACCGCUCUUUUCGUUGACGAGAUUCAACAUGACGUUGCCGCUUCGAGACACGACAGCGGGGCUUGCGUCUUGCCUCUUGGCUGGUGUUGGUUGUCCCACUGUCACCGUUGUCCCCCUUCUCUUGCCCCUCCAUCACCACAUCACCAAUCCAUGGCCUGCUUUGCUUUUGACUACAUGCCUGGUACUCUACUGGGAGUCGUGCUGGACGUGUAAAGCGAGGUAUUACUUGAGCAACCCUCCAUCCAUCCACCCCCUCCCCUCCCCCUUGGCCCUUGGCCCUUGGCCCUUGGCUCUUGGUUACCCCCCCUGGCUCGCUCGCUUCCUCAUUUGGGCCGACGCGGUUCUAUUCCCACCCGCCUCACUGAUAGAAGUGAAUGGGGAGGUCUUGCUUGACUCCUUUUUGAUGAACGCGCAGUCUCAUACAUAUCUCGUCAUCUCAAAAGACAUCCAUCAUACUUUCCCCUUGGACAGAUUCAUCAUUUCCUCUCUUUCCCCCAAGUUCUACCUCUGA